AUGGCGGGUGAUUACAAGCCGCAUUUUGACGUUCAGAUUACUCCGAAUUGCGGUUAUGUCUAUUCGCGUGAGCAAGCUGAGCAAGUUGUGCGGGAAUUCGAAACGCGAACAACAAGCAAGUACUCCUGUUAUAAAUCUAGGUCAUCCUUCGGCAGAACAGGUACGUAAUCAUCAAUAAUUCAUGCGAUUAUGAAAGUAUAAAGCGAUAUUUACCGAAGCGUACCGCGUAUAACGCUUCGAAAUUUCGUCUACAGAUUUAUGUAAAUCUAAACACCGAGUCCGUUGGGAAGAUGGUAAUAAAGACGCUUGUACUCGGAUGGGAUUUGAUGGUGUUCCGUUUAUAAUACUGGACUCCAAGAUUCUUGACUGCCAGCAUGGUGUUGACCGGCACAAUUAUAGGAAAACGAAAGCACAAAGUGACGCGGUAAGUCAGUCUAUACUGUCGCAAACACUGUUACAUAUCCAGCUAUGAUCCAGCCGGUUUCGUCAGCCGGUUUAAAGCUAAAAAUAUAAGAUCAUGGCCGUCGUGGUAACUGCUAAAAAAAAUUCCGACGGACGUGCGUAAAGCUGGUUUUCCACUAGGCGGAAUUUUGCGCGCGGAGCGGAAAUUAUCUUUGUCCUUUUCUAAUUAGUUCCACCCGAGAAAUCACAAGACAAAGAAAAAUUCCGCUCCGCGCGCAAAAUUCCGCCUAGUGGAAAACCGGCUUAAUUUUGCUAAAACUGCUUCGAGAACCGCUACAUUUCAAAAAAUUUCCGACAAACGUCUAACAUUUCAAAAAAUUCUGACAAAUCUCAAAUUGUGGGGGGGGGGGCAUUGGUUUAAAUAAUAUUAAAUUAUAAAAAAGGGCAAUUUUUCCAUAUAAUGUUAUAUUGAUUAAGUACAACUGAUACGCAGAACAAACUUUAAUUAAGUGGGUUUUUUUUCCAUUUUAUACAUAGGUCAUAGCUCUUUUGUCGACAGUUUUUUUAGCUUGUUACACAUAAUUCAUUAUUUCAGUUUUUUACCUUUGGUAGCAUCGUGACCAUGAUUUCAAGAAACGAAGAUUCCGCGUCCAAGGGACAAAAAAGUUUGGCUGCGAAGCAAAAAUAAAUAUGUGCGAGGUGAUCAAGUUCCCACAGUUUGCCAUUCCGGUAUGUAUGAUUGCAUUGCUGAGUAUUGAAGAUCCAGGACAUAUAGCCUUUAUAGGUGAAUAUUUGAAAAGCUCUAAACGGAAUUACGUUUUCCACAGAUCUACGUAAAUUUAUUUUUAGAUUGAAAUUGACUCCAGAAAAAGACGAGAUGUAGCCGCAGCGAAAUUGAAGGAAGCGCUCCAAGAAAAUGCCAAUCUGGGAGAACGGAGGAUUUAUAUGUAUUUGCCUACUCCUGCGGACCAUACAACCCAUUUGAAUGGCGAGGUAAAUGUGAGAUUCAUAUUUGUUUCCGGUAUUCCCUGUGAGCUUCGUUCGGUAACUCUUUUGGUAAUAUUGAACAGAAAUUAAUGUAGUUCUCUCUGAUAUUUUUUUUUAAUUUCCCGCUUGUGAGUGUGAUUGCAUGAUAUUUUUAUGCAUGUUAUAGCUACAGCUAUUUCAAUUAAGGUUGUCAGAGACAAUGGCCAAAUGUACAAUAUGAGCGCGAAAGAAUGAUGGGAAUAUCAUUAUCUUUACUUGUUUGUUAUGCAUAAACAUGUUGAAGACAAUGUUAUUCCCAUCGUUCUUUCCGCUCAUAUUGUACAUUUGACCAUUGUCUAAGACAAACCUUAAUUGAAAUAGCUGUAUACAAAAAGAGGAACAGAAGUUUAAAGAAAUUGUACAAUGUAUAUGUUGUUUUUAAGGCAACCGGAAUGUCUCAACCAGUGGACGAAAGAAUAGUGAAAAAAAUUCGUAUUUUGGUUGGUGAAGGUGUGAAUAAUGUGAGGGAAAUGGGCAGGCACAUUCGCCAGUAUGUUAAAAAUGAACUAUUCCUUGGACAAGAACUUCCACCAUGUACAAACAGAAGAUUCCACCCGAAGCAGGUUGACAUUAGAAACCAUAUGUAUUUGGCAACAAUAGAAAGCCGUUUUUCUAAAUUUGAUCAGGAAAACGUGUCUGCCAAAACUGGUGAUUGGGAAAAGAAGUAUGCCGAAGAUAAUUUCUUCUACAGGCCUUACCAAGAGGGAUGCAUCACAGUAAGAACAACCAGUGCGGCUGAAGACAAGAAAGAAAAGAACGUCAACGAUAAAUCGGAGAACGUAAACGACGACAACGCGAAGAGAGAAAACGAAGAUGAAGCGAAGGAAGGAAACGACGAUCAAGCGAAGGAAGAGGAUGACAUGGCCAUUGGACUUCAGGAACAUGUCAAUCUUGAAAAAUCGUUGUUAUUUGUUCAUCAGUCUGCGUGGCAGAGACGGUUGCUUUUGAAAUAUGGGAACGAUCUUUGUCUUUUGGAUGCAACCUACAAAACAACAAGGUUUGCAGUCCCACUUUUUUUCCUCGUUGUCAAAACAAAUGUCGACUACCAGGUUGUUGGUUCGUUUGUAACCCAAGGAGAGUCAAAAGAGUGCGUUAUGGAAGGACUGAAGGUGCUUUCAAGCUGGAACCCUGGUUGGAAACCAGCUUGCUUUAUGACGGAUUUCUGCGAGGCAGAAAUUAAUGCUAUUGAAGAAGUUUUCCCAGGUAUUGUUAAAUUAUUUGUGUUUUAUGUAUUGUCAUGCACACGUCUGUAUUUGUUACAGUAUGUAUAUACUGUGACAUCUCAUAUAUGUAUAUUCAUAUACCUAUAAUCUAUGACUAUAGUACAAUACCAGCAAAGAAAAAGAAAAAUGAAACAAAACCAAAAAGUUUUCUCAGUUUCGGAAAGUUGUUGACAAACACAAUUCAUUGUAACAAUAAUAUUAUUUUUUAGAAUUAUAAUUUAUUAUUGAGUAUGUUAUAGUUUUCCAAUGACUGAUUAUUGAGACUGGUUAUGAUCGUUUCCAUGAGGUGUCCGUACUUUUUCUUUUCUUGCAUUUAAUCCUCGCAAACCGUAAUGUGCCAGAAAAAUAGAUACAUCAUAACUCGCAAUAGCAAAUAUCAAACAGGAUGUACAAAUUUAUAUUCUUUCUCAUGUAGAUUGCACUGUUUACCUUUGCGAUUUUCAUCGAGAGCAAGCCUGGGAAAGAUGGGUUAG